UUAAAAAGUAUAACUUAUGGAUCAGGCAAAUAAGUUACAAUACUAAUAACAAGUUGAAAAAUAUCUAGAAAGAAACAAAGUGUAUAAUAUCUUUGAGGAUUUACUUAAAGCACUUAUUAUUAAAAAGCCCAAUGAUCCAAUACAAUUUUUGAUCAAUAAAUUGCAAGAACCAGAAAGUACUUUUCAACUUUGAUUAAAGCAAAAAAAAUAUUUGUAAUAGGACCACCAGGAUCUAAAUUACUUGAGUUAUCUCUAACACUUGCAGAAUACAUGAAUUUCCAUUGUGUUUCCAUAGGUGACUUGAUUGAAAAAGAAUUAAGCAAGAAAUCAGAAUUAGUAUGAUAAAUUAAUUAUAAGAUAGAGUUAACAAAUAUAAGAUUCUUUGGAUAAAUUUUAAUAUGUCAGUGAUGAUAUUGUUAUCAAUAUUGCGCUGAAUCAAAUGUAACAUUUAGAAAAUGAAAAAAAGAGCUAUAUUUUUGAAGGAUUUCCUAAGACUAGAGUUUAAGGUUUAGCAUUUUAGAAAGAAGGAAUAAUUCCUGAUGCUUUUCUUAUACUGGAAAUGUCUGAAGAUAAAAUAUAUUAAUGUUGUUUAAAAAAAUUAGACACAGAGCCAUUUAGUAAAUUGAUUAAUAAAGAAGAAUUAGCAAGAAAUCAUUCAUUAGAAUAUUAAUUGAAUCUUAAAUAAGUAAAAGAGAUUUAUAAGAAUUAAUAUUUUUCUGUGGAUGGAGAAAAGAACUAUGAAUUAGAAGAUAUGGCUGUAUUCUAUUAAUAUAAUGUAGUAACGACUAAAAUAUAAAUUAUAUAAUAAUGCACCUACAAGAGCAGGAAGAAUAAUUGUAAUAGGACCUCCAGGAUCAGGAAGAUCUACAUUAGCUAAACAUUUAUGUUAAAGAUAUGGAUUUGUUUAUAUCUCUACAAGAGAAUUAAUUUCAAAUUUGGUUAAUAAAAAAGGUACCACUGGUAAGGAAGCAUUUGAAAAAGUGAAUAAAGGAGAUUUGGUUGAUGACAGAAUAAUUAAUGCUCUUAUUAAAGAAAGAAUUAAUCAGACUGAUUGUUAAUUGUAAGGUUAUGUGAUUGAUGGUUAUCCUAAAACUGAAAAAUAAUUAGAAUCAUUAAAUGAACUUAAUAUCUAACCAACAUUAAUUGUUAUUAUUGAUGCAGCUGAUGAUAUUAUUCUUAGAAGAUUAACUUAGCGUAGAACAGAUCCUAUAUCUGGAAGAGUAUAUAAUUCACUUGAUGAAGCAGAUAAAGAAGUCAAAUCAAGAUUAAUUAUUGCUCCUAAUGAAAAAAGAGAUGUUGUGUAACUCAGGUAUUUAUUAUAAUUAUUUAUAUUAGAUUAAAAAGAUGGGAUGAUUUAAAAUAAUUAAUUGAUGGAACACCAAAAUAUGCUUCAGUCAUUUUCAAAGCUUCUGGAGAUACUCAAUUGAACAAUAUUAUUGAAUCAGUUUGCUAUCAUUUAGAGAAAAUGAAUUGAUAUAUUUUUGUUAGAUUAAUCAUAGC